GCACACACACAGACACACGGCACUGUGUCUCUGCUGGCAGCGAACGCACUGGGUGUCCCCAUCCGUCAGACGGCCAUUGAAAUUUUCCUUCGCUGGUGCGCGCUGCUGUCGUGUGGUCAGUGUGUGGAGUCUCCGAAACAGAGUGUGUGCGUGUUUUUUCUUCCCUUCUUCUGCCCCGUGCGUGACGACGACGGACGACGACGGUGCGUUGCGGUACUGUGCUGGGCCGGGCGUGGAAGAGGUACCAGCCAAAUCGGCCAGGAAAAGAAAACAGACGCAACACACACGUACGCACACAUACGCGGUCUCGGGUGAGCCUGAUUUGGGAUAAUUGAAUCCACCUCCAGGGCGGACAGUGUCUCGCAAGCAAAACGAAAAGGGCAACACAACCCAAGAAAGGAACGGUGCUGCCCAUUUUGCUUCAACUCUAAAUUGUGCGUUUGUGUUUGUGCCUGUGUGUGUGUCUGUGCGCCAGAGAUAGAAGUGAUAACAAUCAGUCGGGUCGUGCCGAUCCACACCGGACCAGCAACGGUUGGGUGCAACGUCCAUCCACCGUCAUCCAUCAGCAGCAGCAGCAGCAAGAUUAUCCCCGGGAACGGGCGGCAGGCGGCGAUUCGGACGAAACAUCCCUACCACCGUGUGCCGAAGCAGCAGUAGCAGCGACAGACCAGAACAGCGGAAGUGUGUGUGUGUGUGUGAUAAAAGAUAAAAGAAAAAGCGCGUAAGGGCGCACAUCGUGCAAGUGCAAGAAACCCGUGUAUUUGCGCGUGUGAAAGAGAGUGAGAGACAGGCCCACACAUACUCACGGAGAGGGACGGAACUUUGCCUCAGCUAUCAGUAUUUCGAUACGGGUCCGCCUCUAUCGGAGGUCGGAUUUGCGUCCACACAGCAGCACAGCUUUGCUGUUUGUUUGCUUUUUUGUUUUGUUAACUUGACCAGAGGCAACAGUUUUGGCGACCAUCAACACUCAGCAAACACACAGACACCCACCCACGUUUACUCCAGGAGGUGGUCUGGCCCUCACCCGCCGCUUGCAUGACGCGAACGUUCCAGUAAGUCCCUCCUUGCCCGGGGACCCGCAACAAUCAAUCGAACCAAUUGCCAAAAAUAAAACCAACAACGGAAGCCAACCCCCGUUCGAGGUACGACAAACACCGCUCCCUAUCAAUCAACCCUUUGUCGGUGCGGAGGGAGAGCAGCGGACGAAGGAGCCGCUCCAGGCGGGCGCGUAGUGUGUUGCGAAAAUGCCGAAAUGUGACGUGAAGACGAGAUACAUCCCUGCCACCUUCGCCUGGACCCUGCUGCUCAGCACCACCUUCCUGUUUUUCUGGUACCCAUGUCGCCAGUUCUACAUCCACCGGCAUCCGUGGGUGCCGGCCUACCAGGCCGUCAUCACCUUCUUCGUGAUCGCCAACUUUACGCUGGCAACGUUUAUGGACCCGGGCGUGAUACCGAAGGCACCACCAGACGAAGACCGGGAGGAUGAGUUUCGGGCGCCGCUGUACAAGAAUGCCGAAAUCAAUGGCAUUACCGUGCGGAUGAAAUGGUGCGUCACGUGUAAAUUCUACCGGCCGCCACGCUGCUCCCACUGCUCCGUGUGCAACCACUGCAUCGAGACGUUUGACCAUCACUGCCCGUGGGUGAACAACUGUAUCGGCCGGCGGAACUAUCGGUUCUUUUUCUUCUUCCUCAUCUCGCUGUCGGUGCACAUGCUGAGCAUCUUCUCGCUGUCGCUCGUGUACGUGCUGCAGAAGGAGAAGGACAAGCUGACGGAGGUGGAACCGAUCGUGGCCAUGAUACUGAUGGCCAUCGUAACGCUGCUCGCCAUACCGAUCUUCGGCCUGACCGGCUUCCACAUGGUGCUGGUGUCGCGCGGUCGCACCACAAACGAGCAGGUGACCGGCAAGUUCAAGGGCGGCUACAAUCCGUUCUCGCGCGGCUGCUGGAACAACUGCUGCUACACCCAGUGCGGCCCACAGUACCCGAGCUUGCUCAAGCCGCAAAAGUACGUGGCCCGCCGCUCGAACAAGGAAAACCAAUCGAUCAGCACCAUCACCAACGACGGUGGUCCCGGUGGUGGUGGUGGUGACGCUGCCGGCUCGGGCCGCCGGCACAUGUCGACCGGUGGGCCCGGCUCCCAGCAGCAGCAGCAGCAGCAGCAACAGCAACAGCAGCAGGCACUGAAUCAGGGCGGUGGCAUCUACGAUAAUAACCGGCACACGCAGGUAAAAACCUAUAUGGAUCAUGGAAAUGGUCACGGUAUACGUACAGUUGGAUCCAGUCAUUACAGUAAGUCCGCGGCGGAUUACGUGCAUCUCGUAUCAUCCCAUUCCGUCUCGCUAAAGGCACUCGGGCAGGGCACCAGUGCGGAAGAGCUGUCACCGGGUCGCGAGUGCUCCGACAUCGACAUGGAACCGCAGGCCUCCCAGAGCCGGGACUGCGAGCCGACGCCGCCGCUGCAGCGCCACGGCUCCAAGAGCAACUUCUUCCUGCCACCGCUCGACGGGCCCGGCGGCAUGGUGUCCCAGGUGGGUAGCGGGGGCGACUCGCCGCGCCAGCAGCAGCAGCAGCAGCAGCACAUGCGCAUGUACCAUCCGCGGCAUAGUCCGCAUCCGCGGCAGCGCGGGCUCGAUCCGUCGCGCAGCUUCACGCCCGAAGGACUGUCGCCCGACCAUCCCGGUGGACCCGGCGGUCCACCGCCGAUGAUUACGAUACAGUCCCAGCAGCAGCAGCAGCAGCAACAGCAGCCACGUGGAGGAGGUCCUCCAUCGUCGGCUACUCCGACCAUGCAGCAACGCAUCAAGGCGCUCGGUGUCGCCACACCCCUAGCCAUGUCUAGUCCCGUGCGAAGGUGGACGUAAAGAUGGCGGCUCGGCGCUCCGAAAACAAAGCCAAAGCAAGUGAAACACGCAAAACUUUCGAAAUUAUACAAAUCUACCUGCUUCCCAGCGGUUGCGGCACACCACGAAUAACGCG